AUGGAGCAUUUAUUUCUCUCUUGUAAUGUUGCCUUUCACCUAUGGCAGUCAUCUCCUUGGGGUAUUUUCCCUAUAUGUGACGCUGGUAUAAGAAUGUGGGAUUGGGUUAAGUUCUUAUGGGAUCUCAAAAACAAAGGAAUUAAUGAGCAGGAGACCUUUUUAUAUGCUUCGAUCAUCAUUGACACAAUCUGGCGGACUCGGAAUGAAAAGGUACAUAAUAAUAGUCCGGUGGAUAUCUUUAAAUGUAUAGACUCUGUUCGUUUUUCUUUUGCAGAUCAUCAUGCUUACUUGCUCCCUUGUCCAACCCGGUGCUUGACGGAAUCUUGGUGUCCACCCCCACAAGAUUGGUUGAAGCUCAACUGCGACGUUAGAGUGGGGAUGGAUAGCAUGUGCGCUGCAGUGGUUGCAAGGGAUCACGUCGGCAAGGUGAUCUGGGUUUCUACAAAAAGACUGGAUUUUUCUAAUGCUCUCUGUGGGGAAGCGGCGACUUGCUGUUUGGCUAUAGAGGAGGCUAAAGCUCGUGGUAUUGAGUUCCUUAUUGUGGAGAGUGAUUCGUGGGUGGUGAUCAACGCUCUCAAUGGGAAGGAGUCCUGUUGGGAGCUUGAUAACUAUGUCUCUUUUUGUAAAAAUACCUCCACCUCUUUUAUUGGUUGUACUUUUCAAUUUGUUCGUAGACAGUGUAAUUUUAUGGCCCAUAAUGUGGCUAAUUGGGCAUUUUCCCAUCAGAUGUUUGGCUCUGUGCCAAUUUCCUCUAUGCCUGAUAUUAUAUUUUGUAAUGACCGCGAGGUCUAA